GGGGGCCAUUUUGUGAAGAGGCGAAGACUGAGCGAUUGCGACCGCGUUGCCGACCUCGAGCAGCAAUCGGCUUCUCCACGUAGAACCCAGGGGUAGGAGAUUCAGAAUCGAAUCUCUUCUCCCUUCCCCCUCCUGUGAGAUUUUUUUGAUCUUCAGCUACAUUUUUCAGCUUUGUGAGGCACCGUAUCGUCAAAGACAAUGGCCAGCAAUGUUACCAACAAGACGGAUCCUCGCUCCAUGAACUCUCGUGUAUUCAUUGGGAAGCUCAAUACCCUUGUGGUCAAGAAAUCUGACGUGGAGGCAAUCUUCUCAAAAUACGGCAAAAUCGUGGGUUGCUCUGUUCACAAGGGCUUUGCCUUCGUUCAGUAUGUUAAUGAGAGAAAUGCCCGGGCUGCUGUGGCAGGAGAGGAUGGCAGAAUGAUUGCUGGCCAGGUUUUAGAUAUUAAUCUGGCUGCAGAGCCAAAAGUGAACCGAGGAAAAGCAGGUGUGAAACGAUCUGCAGCGGAGAUGUACGGGUCAGUACCAGAACACCCUUCUCCGUCCCCUCUACUCAGCUCAUCUUUUGACUUGGACUAUGACUUUCAACGGGAUUAUUACGACAGAAUGUACAGUUACCCAGCACGUGUUCCUCCUCCUCCUCCUAUUGCUCGGGCUGUAGUGCCCUCAAAACGCCAGCGUGUAUCAGGAAACACCUCACGAAGGGGCAAAAGUGGCUUCAAUUCUAAAAGUGGACAGCGGGGAUCUUCUUCUAAGUCCGGAAAGUUGAAAGGAGAUGACCUUCAGACCAUUAAGAAGGAGUUAACCCAGAUAAAACAAAAAGUGGAUUCUUUAGUGGAAAGCCUGGAAAAAAUUGAAAAGGAGCAGAGCAAACAAGGAGAGAUGAAGAAUGCUAAGUCAGAAGAGGAGCAGAGCAGCAGCUCCCUGAAGAAAGAUGAGACUAAUGUGAAGAUGGAGUCUGAGGGGGGUGCAGAUGACUCUGCUGAGGAGGGGGACCUACUGGAUGAUGAUGAUAAUGAAGAUCGGGGGGAUGACCAGCUGGAGUUGAUCAAGGAUGAUGAAAAAGAGGCUGAGGAAGGAGAGGAUGACAGAGACAGCGCCAAUGGCGAGGAUGACUCUUAAGCACAUAGCGGGGUUUAGAAAUCUUGUCCCAUUAUUUCUUUACCUAGGCGCUUGUCUAAGAUCAAAAUUUUCACCAGAUCCUCUCCCCUAGUAUCUUCAGCACAUGCUCACUGUUCUCCCCAUCCUUGUCCUUCCCAUGUUCAUUAAUUCAUAUUGCCCUGCGCCUAGUCCCAUUUUCACUUCCUUUGACCCUCCUAGUAGUUACGUUAAGUCUUACCCUGUAAUUUUUGCUUUUAAUUUUGAUACCUCUUUAUGACUUAACAAUAAAAAGGAUGUAUGGUUUUUAUCAA